AUGAGGAAGUGCAGCCUCCAGCACAGCGAAUGUCGCAGACACCUCUGGCUGCGUUGCCUGCGCUGCCUGGUCGUCUCGAGUGCUACUUGCAUGUGCAGUUUGGCUGGGCAAGGAUUCUGCAGAACCUGGGCACAGAGACACGGCGUCGAGCAGAUAUCGCACGAUUUUCGCAUCGUCUCCAAUGCCAAAGGGUUUGGAGAUGAGGCGACUAGAUCCCCAACAAAGUUGAUGCGUUGCCCUUGCCUCUCCGGCAAGCAGUACAAGCUGUGCUGUCGCCAGGUUCACAAGGAUUUGACCGCAGCCGACACGCCUGAGAAGAUGGCGCGAGCAAGGUUUUCUGCUCUUGCCAUGAAGAAAUAUGACUUUUUGAUAGACACGACCCACGCGACGCACGUGGACUUUCAGGAGGAUAGACAAGCAUGGAAGAAGCAGAUUGUGCGCAACAACCGGGGAUUUCGGUACAUUGGCUUGAACGUGACUGCAUCCGAGCAGCGUGAAGAGGACCUGUUUGCUGUGACCAUAGAAGCUGCUGCAGAGCCUGAGAAGGUUUCCGAUGUUCCCAAGGUGCUUCUUCUCCGAGAAUGCUCCGUUUACCGGCGCGAAGGGGGGACCUGGAAGUAUGUGGCAGCGGAGGGCUUGAAAAGAGAGGUCGUGGAAGGGGCUGGGUCUGCCCAGCAACUCGCGGGCCUUCCGGGCGCCUGA